GUUAAUGGUGGAAUAAGCCAGAUGACUCCUCUUAAUGAUUUUACAAACUUGUCAUACAUCGAUUACAGCUUUAAUAAAAUUAAGGAAAUUCAAGGCGACAUUUAUCAAAAUUUGUCCCUUUUCAAUACAUUAGUUCUUCAAAACAAUAGUUUGAGUAAUAUCGAUAAAACAUUUUUGACACCUGUUCUCUGGGAGAAGAAAGAUUUCUUUCUUGAUGUAUCCUUUAAUCCCUUUGAUUGUGGAUGCCAGCUGGAAUGGUUCAGAGUUUGGAUAGAAAAAAACAAAAACAGAGCGAUUGGGUACCCAAACAACUAUAUUUGCAAUUCCCCAUCUGAGUUAAAGGAGAAAAGCCUAUCCAACUUUGAUCCAGUUUCGGAGUGUCACAAAAUAAAUCCAUAUAUCAGUUUAGCCUUUAUUUCCUGUGGACUUUUGUCAGUUCUGAUUUUCACUAUAGUUCUUUUGAGAAAAUUUCGCUGGGAUAUCAAAUAUUAUAUAUACAUUUGCAAAAACAGAAAACCAGUGGGAUACAAAAGGUUUACAAAUGAUGAAGAAUUUUUAUAUGAUGCAUUUAUUGCUUACAACACAAACGACAGAAAAUGGAUCAUGUCGGAACUGGUUCGAAUGCUGGAAAGAAACCACAAAUAUAAACUAUGUCUACACGAAAGAGACAUCAUUCCAGGGGGAGUAUAUGUGGAGGACAUCCUCGAAAGUAUUGACACGAGUAGGAAGUUAAUGUUGGUGCUUUCCAAUAAUUUCAUGGAUGACCAGUGGUGUAAGUAUGAAACAGCUCUGGCGAGCCACACCCUGGCAGACGGGGACGGUCAUAAGCUUUUUCUGGUGUUACUGGAGGAUAUUCACUCCGAACACAUCAACAGGACCCUGAAAGUGCUCCUCAAGUCUAUACCUCAUGUCGAGUGGACGGAAAAUAAAACGGGGCAGAGAAUGUUCUGGGAGACAAUCAAGAAAUUCAUGGACGACAAUUGAAAGGCAAAAUACGUGUACUUUUUGAGAUGAAAUCAGUUAUCUUUUUUUAUUUCAUUUUCAAAUGAAAUACAUUGUUUCUUUAUGAUUAACAUGUAUAUAUAUGAUUUUGCCACUCACUUUACUAAAGUAUUAAUCUUAUUAUAGAGAUGCAUGGGCUAAGUACCUAAACCUAGGAAUCUAAAAUUUAUUACUAAAUGUGUAUUAAAUUGUCCUCAGGGAACUGAAACCCCAUUCAUUACCAUUACAUAAUUAGUUACUAAUAAUUGUGAAAAAUACUUUUUAAUUAGUUUAAAUAUUUUUGACCUUUUAAACUUGGCCUUUGAGUUGGAACGACUUUGUAAAAAUCUUUUACCUUGACCAUAACUUCUGAAUAGUUACAUGUAGUACUAAUGUAAAGGCUCUCUUAUUGAAUAGUUUUUUUUUCUUUGAGAAGAGACCAUCCUCUUGAUAAGAAACAAUUUUAACCAUAUUUGACAUUUGAAUUUUAUUUGGAAAUUUUCAACCUUGAAGUUUGCAAUAAGUUGCCAUACUGUGGCAUCAAUGUUUCACAAGCACAUCUUGUUUUUUCAAUGUAUAUUGGAAAACUAUUUAUCUUUUGUAAGCAUAUACUGUAAACGUAUAACAUUUGGCUGUAUAUUCUUUUUAACGGCUUUGGCGGAAUGCAGGGACCGCUAAAUCAAGUACAACAUUAAUAUUUACAUUUCGAAUAGAUUUCCCCUAUGAUUCUUUACAAAAUGAAAUGCAUUUCAUUCUCUCAUGAACUACAUUACAUAUGCACCACGAAUAAGCAUGAAUAUCUCCAUUGUUACAUCAUAGUACUGCACUUGAUAUAAAAAAAUAUAUAGUGCACACUAUUUUGCUUCAACAAAAACAGUUGAAUUGCAUAAAUUUAUGGCAAGUCAUCAAAAAAAUAAUGUAAAUAUACAUGUAGAAAAUGAAUUUGAUUUUUGAAGAUUCAUAUAUCCACAUAUCGUACAUGCUAAAUAUAAUACAUUUACAGUAUCCUAAAUGAAUGGUAAUCCGGAUACAUAU